GGGGGACGGAUGAUAGUGACUUGCCCAGAAAACACUUACUUCUUCUUUGGUCUCUACACCGACCGGCUACCUGUGGUCACGCUCACCUGUAAUGAUGGCAGGUGGGGUCUCGAGGAACCUGACCCCAGCAACGUGGAGACUCACCGCUGGGAGACGCGACUCAACGGGUGCUACGAGAGGGCGAAGUGUUACCUGGAGUACCCGCUAAUGAGCCCCGUGCAGGUGUGGCCGGCUACAGCGGAGGCCCAGGUGAACAGGUCAGGUGAAGUGAUUAACCUGGCGGAGGGAGCACAUUUGGAGCCAGGUGACAUGCUGGUCCUGAAGGGGGACGAGAAUGACCAGGUGAGUCUUACCUGUGCCAGAUCUCAUCAACUCUUCUGGCACCUCGACGGCGUCUCCUCCAGUUACACCUUCACCUGUCAGUCCACGGGCAGCUGGAGUGCGGGUCGGGCCAGGUGCUAUCCAGUUUUUUGUUUGUUUUCUAUAUUAUUUGCCCUGGAGUUGUUUUCUUAUGUCUAA